AUCAUUUGCUUCACUGCGUUUGCUUGUUGUUGAGAUUAUAAUUUAUUGUGUGCGUCGUUGAUGUAACUUAUUUUUGUGUUUACGAAACGAACGCUUGAAUGCCGUUGGCAGACCGUUUUGCUGAACUGCCAAACUGAUGCUGCCGAUGGAGGAGGAGAACGCGGUUCCAGGGGAGGGGGAGGAAGGUAGCGCAGCACUACAUGCUCGCUUAGUAGCGCUCGUACGCGCCGCCGGCGGCGAGCCGGAGGGGCGUGUGGGGGUAUGGAUGGAGCACUCAUACGCACGCGCCAAGAGCGGCGCCGCGGUCCGCGAGAUGCUCGCGCGGCCCGCGCCCGCCGACCAGCCGCUCGACGUCGGCGGCCCCGGGGACUGUGACCCUGCUCCCGACACACAGGAACCCGAAGACAUUGACCCUGAGUGGGAAGCGCGUGUGCUGGCAUUAGCACCGAGCGCGAUGCACGCCCGAGCCGCGCGCGCCGCGCUAGAGGCGCUCCGAGCCUUCCGCCUCGCGCGCCUCGCCUCGGCCGGCCACGCCGACGCGAGUAUAAAGAGAGACCAGGCGCGAACCGCUUCAAGAGCUGUGCGGCGAGCAUUGGCGCCGUUAUGGGCGGCUUCCAACGGUGGCAGCGGCGUAGCGCCAUGGCUUCACGGCGCCAUCUUGGCCCACGGGAGCCACUGGGCGGCGGCGCUGUGGCGGGAGCUGGCUGGCGAGUGGCGCCGCUCCGUGCCGCGGCUGGCGGCGCGCCUGCUGCCGGCGCCCGCCGCGCCGCCGCGCGACCCGCUGGCGCGCGUCGGCCCGCCGGUGGACGCCGACAAGCCAGGCCCCUGGCUAGUGUGGAUAUGCGCGCGCGGCGAGGACCGCUGGACGCGGCGGCUGCGCGCACUCCUACACGUGCGCGUGAUAUGCGGAGACGCGACCGGGACCGGGCCCAGCGCCGGCCCGGGGCCUAGCACCGGGCCCGAGGCCUGGUGCUCCGCGCUCAUGGGCGCCGCAAGGGCCGCGCUGCUCGACGUGCUCGCUGAAGCCGGAUCCCACCCGGUGGUGGUCGGCGGCGCGGGCGCGGGCGCGGCGGUGUGCGGCGCGCUGCUGUCGGGCGCCGGCAGCGCCGGGGACGGGGCGCUGGCCGCCGUGCGCGCGCUGGCGCUGCUGGCGCCGCCGCUGCUCACGGCCGAGGGCGAGGCCACGCAUCUCAACCGGACUGAGAUGGAACUCCCACUCCUAGUGGUAGCCGGCAGCGCUGGCGCGACAUGCCCACGUAGCUUGGCGUGCGAGCUGGCGGCCGGCGGCGGCACGGCGCGGCGCGUGCUGGUGGUGCGCGGCGCGGACGACGCGCUGCGGCUGCCGGCGCGGCUGCGGCGGCGGCUCGUGCCGCAGCACGCACUGGACGCCGCCGUGGCGGAGGAGGUGGCACGCUGGGCGCUGACGGCCGCUGAGGGCGAUGCGCUGCGUCGACCUUCCAGGAAAAGCGCGGGUGCGGGUGAGGUGGUCGAGGAGCGCCACACGACGAUGCAGAAUGCCCGCGGGUUGAUACGCGAGAUAGAGGCUGCUGCUGUUUCCACAGAGAGCGCGCGGCCGGUGCCCCGCGGGCCGCGCCGCUCGCUGGCCGCCGUCCCGCCGGCGCCGCUCCCGCCGCCGCCGCCGCCGCCGACGCCGACGCCGGUGAACGCCGAGCCCGCCGUGGACGAGCUGGACAUCAUGCAGCUGCCCAUCGUGUUCGCCGACGACGAGCCCGCGCCCGCGCCUACCCCGCCCCUCCAGCGACAUGCGGCGCCGACGCCGGCGGCACGGACUCCAAGUGUCACUGUCACCAGCGGCCAUCCAAGGGGCGGUCGCGCACUGAACUACACUCGCGUGAUCGUGGCCAAGCGUCGUGGCGGCGCGCGCGGCCCCGCCGCCCCGCGCCCCGUGCUGCUGCGCCGCACCGUGCGCCUGCUGCGCGACAACUGAACUAACUGACCCCCGUUUCAAUGACAAUACUUCGUACAGUCAGCUGAAGAGAAAAGCUACCACCCCUGGAUAGAAGUUUGUAUACAUAGGUGGUAAAGAAAAAGUGGUCGUAGAGAUUUGCGCGACAACUGAACACACUCCCACCCCGGUUAAUUAAUAUAAGGGGGGGGGGGGGGGGUUAGACUAUUCUUAUUGUUUCUUACAUAGGGAUGGGAGGGGAUCAAAAACUGGCAACUCGUCUAACAUAAUAAAUGAGUGGCGCCCUUCAAUGACAAUACUUCGUACAGUCAGCUGUAGAAAAGGUACCACCCCUGAGCCCUGCAUAGAAGUUUGUAUACAUAGCUGGUCCAAUACGUAAAGUUUUACGCUAGGUGCCGUCGCUACAGAAAUUAUACAAGGAAAUUUUCAUUAUCAGGCGUCAUUUCCAGAAUUGCGGCUGUACUAAUGAGUGAUGAUCAGACAUCGUACAUUUUCCAGCAUUUUUGGUGCAGCGGAGUGGUGUUAACGGAAUUGGUAUAGAUAAUUUCAACUGAAAUGGUAAAUUAAGGUUAAUAUUAACGUAA